CUUGCGAAAUUAAAACAAUCACAGUAAGGUAAUAAUUGUUACCCAGAAAUGAUUUGAUAUUGAGAUAAAAAGGGCUGCAUUGGACCUUUAAAAAAAUAACUGACGCAUCUCUCUCUCUGGAGUCGCCAGCGCUACUCUCGGAUUGCCAGUGGAAACGCAUUAGCGGCUCUCUCCCUUGAUUAUAAGAAGCGGAGUGAGUGAGUAAGUGAAGAGAAGAGAAGAGAAGAGAAGAGAAGAGAAGAGAAGAGAAGAGAAGAAAAGAGAAGUGAAGUGAAGUGAAGAGAAGAGAAGAGACGGAGCCGGAGCGCACUAUGGCCUCUAAAGAGACCACCGCUGCAGUUUUCAUUAACGUCAGCAGGGAAAUUACAGAGAGCAUCAGGAGGCUCACUGAGAAACAAUCCAUCAAAUAUGUGCGAGCUGUGAAGCAGGACACCAAGAACGGCAAAUCAGAGGACCGGAUACUGGUUCUGGCAACAUGGCGACUCUUUCUAUUUGCUGUCAAAGUCCCCUCCAAGAUGGAGGUUACUUUCAACUUCCUGGAGAUUCGGGCAAUGAACACUUAUCCAGAUCAUCAGGUUGUAAUAGACACAGACAAGUCAACCCACUCCUUGAGACUGCAGUCACAAGACCACCUUGAUCAUAUGAUGAACCAUGUCAACUAUGCCCUCUCAAGAAUAUUCAACAACUCUAUGUAUGCUCCGGCCAUCUGUCGAACAGAGGGGGACGUCUCUGAUGGAGUCCAAAAGUUUUCACCAAACUCUGAAUCAUCUGUAGAGACUCAGAAAACCUGUGGCGGUUUCUCUGAGACCUACGCAGCUCUGUGUGACUAUAAUGGCAUCGGCUGUAAGGAGGAAGUGCAGUGGGAUGUGGACACCAUCUAUCACUCUCAAGACAACAGGGAGUUCAACCUGUUGGACUUCAGCCACCUGGACAGCAGGGACCUGGCGGUGAUGGUUGCUUCCAUGGCGUACAACACUUGGUUCACCAAACUCUACUGCAAAGACAUGCGCAUUGGGUCAGAGGUGGUGGAGCAGGUCCUUCACACCGUCAGUAAGUCCAGCAGUCUGGAAGAACUCACUCUGGAGAACGCUGGCCUCAAAUCAGAUUUCCCUCAGAAAAUGGCGACAGCUCUGUCUGAAAACCCUGCCUCUGUGAUCCACUCACUCAACCUGGCCCACAACCCCCUGGACAACCAAGGAGUGUCAAACCUCAUCCAACUGGUGUGUCGCCUCAACAAAGGCCUUCGUCUGCUCAACCUCUCCAAGACGUCCCUCUCCUCUAAGGGUGUGGUGUCUCUCUCCCAGGCCCUCUGCUCCAGUGACGACUACACCAACUCUCUGCUUCACCUGGACCUGAGUAAGAACCCUGGGAUUCUGUCUGGGGAGGACGCUACGAACAUGUACCUGUUCCUAGCCCAGACGAAUUGCCUGGUUCAUUUGGACCUCUCUGGGACUGACUGCGCUGUGGACUUGUUAUUUGGCGCUCUGCUGAGGGGAUGUUGUGCUGAUCUCUCUUACCUGAAUCUCUCCAAGAACUGCUUCUCUCACAGGAAAGUGAGGGAGACUCUUCCUGUCUUCAGGCAGUUCUUCAGCUCAGCCUUCAGUCUCACACACGUCAACCUGUCUUCUAUGAAGCUUCCUCUGGACACCCUGAGAGCUCUCUUCCUGGGCCUGUCUUCCAAUCCUCACAUCACUGAAUUACACUUGGACAUCAGCGGCUGUGAGCUGAGGUCGGCAGGUGCCGGGGUGCUCCAGGAGCUGUUUCCUAGAGUGACCUGCAUCGGAACUUUGGACAUAUCAGACAACGGGUUGGAUGGUGACCUGCUGGGUGUCAUCCCAGCCUUCUCCAGACACCCCUCCCUCAAACACCUGCUGCUGGGCAAGAACUUCAACAUCAAGGGCAGGGUACUACAUGAAAUUCUGCAGAAACUUGUUCAGCUAGUGCAAGAUGAAGAGUGUGCCCUGCAGUCCCUUUCUCUGGCUGACUCGCGCCUGCGCUCUCGGGGCACGGUGAUGGUGAAUGCUCUGGGAAGCAAUGCUUGCCUACGCAAGGUGGAUCUGAGUGGGAACAGCCUGGAGGAUGCGGGGGCUAAGAUGCUCAGCAAAGCCCUGCAAAUCAACACUACACUCAGGAGUGUGACGUGGGAUCGCAAUAACACCACGGCUACAGGAUUCCAAGAUGUGGCUCGGGGCCUGGAACAUAACUUCACCCUGCAGUACAUGCCUAUCCCCCUCAGUGAUGUCACACAGGCAUACCGAAGCGCACCUGAGAAGAUUGACCAAGCACUGACCAAGAUCCAGCAUGCUCUGCUGAGGAACAACCAGACCCAGAGGUUCUCUCAGAAACAGGCUCUGCGUCUACACCAGGGCCUGGUCACCAGCACUGCUGAACAGGUGAUGGAGCGGCUGUGUGUACGCGUACACCAGCAGGUGUGUGUUCUCCGAGGCUCAGAAGAAGGAAAGGAGCUGCAGGCUGCCAGACAGGUCCUGAAGGAGGCCAGAAACUCUCGUGCGCUAUACCCAUCUCUGUGUGAGCUGGUUCAUGUUCUCUCAGUGGAUGGGCCUGUCAGACAGAAACUGGACUUUCUGGCAGGAGAGCUGACCAAGGCUGCUGAUAAGGAACUACAGGUGAUAGUAGACUCCAUGGUGUCUCUGUGUCGGGAGUUGUGUCCCAUGUCCUCCUCUGCAGCAGAGAAACUCAACCCUCCGCUCUCAUCCAUCUCAGAACGCGUCUCUAUCCCUCGCUCCACCAUCCGCACCGCCCUGAUGGAGAGAGCAGCACAGGACAUCAACAGAGCCCUGGAGGAGGUGAAGCUGUCUGUGGUCUCCUAUCUGACCAACUCCAUAGUGGACCAGAUCCUUCAGGAGCUCUACACCACUCACAAAGCCCUGCUUCGUCAGGUGUCCCAGGUGAAGCGUUGGGAUGAUGGAGGAACAGGCAGACACACCCUCAGAAUCACAGACGCACUGGACUUCCCUGAUGAGGAUGGCCUGGGCAUCAAUAUCGACACCAUUGCCAUCCAGAAGCGCAGCGCCAGAACCCGAAGGAUUCGACCUGUGUCCACCAGACUGAGUCUGGGAGAUGAUCCCACCUCCUCUCCUCCUCCCUCGGCCCUGUCUCACUCUGCCCCCCUGUCCCGCUCAGCAUCAUGGGAGUGUCUAUCCUCAUUGCCUACCCAUGGUGCACCACUGCGCCAUGUGACGCACGCCAGGCCGCGGCCCCCUCGAAGGCACAGCCGAGGACAAGUCCCUCUGGACACACACUGUUCAGAGAACGGAGGAGUCAACCUGCUGGAGGAUGGACUGCCUGAUUUCUACACCAAGAGAGUCCUAACGGACAGUCAGCUGUCAUCACUUCAUCAUGCUCAGUCCCUGAGGAGGAAGAAGAGACGCAGUGUGCUGUCAAUCUUCUCUGGGUUCCGCAAGAAUCGCAAUUCCACCAUCUCCAAUCAGGAAACAGAGUACGGAUGGAGUCAUGAAAGUGGCUCAGAGAAUGUGUACUCUAUGAUUCAGCACCCUAAGGAUCCUGGGAAGGUGGAGGCCAUGAUUGAGGUGGGGGCCAAUGGGAGGAUGAUGCCGUCCCCCAGGCCCAUCCAGGGUGUACCACUGCCUGGGAUGAGGGGGGCCAGCCCCAGCCCCCACUGUCUCACACAGAGACAGCCUUCAGACCUGGUCAGCAUGGUGUACAGUUGUAUCGGAGCAGAAGAUGAGGACUCCGACAGUAGCUUUGAGACCAGACCAGUGGACAGAGACACUGACAGAUCGACUACAUCAGACAUCCAAACAGAGACCCAUGCCAAUGGACAUGCAAUGUCCUCCGCUUCUCUGACAGACAGACAGCCUGACAGACAGACAGAUCCAGUCAGUCUGCCAAUGCCCAGCACUCAGACAGACACACAGAAGGAGGUGGACAGAGGGACAAAGGGGACAGAGUCGUUGGACAGGCAGGAGGGAGCCCCCUGUGGACAGAAAUCAGGACCCCCUUCUCAGAGCAGCAAGCCCAGUCUGGCCAGCAUGAGACAGAGACACCUGCAGGGGAGUUCCGAUAAAUCAACAGAUGGUGUAGGAUGGAUAGAAAGAGACGGGGUAGAAGAGGAGAAGAAUGAAAAGAAAGACAGAGGAGCAGAAGGACAGCGUCCUCCCAUUCCUGAAAAGCCUGGUAAAGAUAAGACUUCUCCAAAGACACCGUCUGCUGUCACUCCACCUGAGGAAACAGCCAAUGAGAGAACCCCGCCUCCUGUUCCAACUGCCUCUACCAAGCCCACUUUUGAUUUGUCUGGUCCUUCUGUCACUCAAGAUGGAGGAACUAAUGAGAUGAAAAGCCUGCUUCCUGUGCCACCUGCGUCUACCAAGCCGGUGGUAGACGUAGGUCUACCACCUGCUGGUUGUCAAGGCAUGGAACCGGACAGUCCCAACGAUCUGGAGAGGGGGUUCUCAGAUCGCGAAUCCCCUGUGAAAAAACCCAGACUCCCCCAGAACAGAAACAGAUCUCUGGACACUGGGUGUCCUGAAUGUCCCGAGCCCGGCACCGACAAUGGUGAGACGUCAUGACAACAAACGUCAGGAGGCAAAGACAAUGUUCAGGACAGCUGUCGGGAGAUGUGAAGAGAGCGUGAGACGUGAAGCGAGCGCGAGACAGAUAGAUAGAAAAGGGAAGUUAUGAACUUGGUCACCAUAGACCCAACUGUGGUUAUCCUCAUAUACAGUAGUAAUUUCUCUCAUAUUGGCUAAACAUGCAUGAUUUUUUCCCUUUCUCAUACUCAGUUCCACUUGCUUUCAUUCCUUUACAGAGGACACACACACACACAGGUGUCUCACACACACAGGUGUCUGAGGGCCCUCUGGUAUUCUCAUGCUAGUAUUUCUUGCACUUCUUGUUGUACAAAAAUCUUUGAUCAUAUUUCUCAUUCUCCCUCGUCUUUCUUUCAUUGACAAUUUGUGACACUGCUACUGUAAGAAUGAGUUGGUAUUUAUUCUAAACCAGUAUUAUGUCAAUAUUGAAUAUAAGUUUUUUUUUUAAACCGCACUAACCAUUGUUAUUACUAAGUCAUUACAUGGUAACAGGUAACUUGUUUUUAUUUACAAUAAGGUUAUAAUGAAUAUGAUUGGAUGUUUUAAGGAUGUUUUUCCUAUGGUGUAUGAUAAGUGAAGAUUGAGACGAUGACAUGUAUUGUUUAUCAUUAUUACAGUAAUCUAUUAGUUGAUCAAUGGAACAUAAUUGCAGUUUGUUUAAAUCUGUUUUAAAUACAUUUUACAGGACUGAAAUUAGUAUAUUUUCAAAAAAUCCAUAUAUGAUUAAACAAUCAAUAAAAAAUGAUUUUACCAAAGGAACCAAACUGAUGAUGCACUCUCUCUUGGGGACAAAAAACACCCCAAUCUGACUUCUGCAUCGGGAACUCUUAAAUAUAUUUUUGGGGUGUGUGAGAUCUGGCCCACUAGGAAAAUUGCAUCCAUGGGUUUUGGAGCAGUGCUAUGUAGUGCCAGCAGAGGAGGCCAAAUACUUUGAGCUGAGUGAUGAAACCAUUACUUGGAUGAAACAAGUUAGUCAGUUUAGACAAGUAGCCCAAUUCUGAUUAUUAUUAUUUUUUACACUAAUUGGUCUUUUGACCAAUCACAUCAGAUAUUUUUCAGAGUUGAUGUGAUUGGUCAAAAGACCAAUUAGUGAAAAAAUAACAGAAUUGGGCUGCCUGUGUUAAAGCAGCCGACCUGCCCUUCUACACUACAGCCAUUGGGCAUCCAGCGUUGCAGCCAGACAUAAGCCGUUGAGGGAAUGCUUCCUUUGAAAUCUAUGAAAGCUGCUAUGCUUCCCGUGUUGCACUCGCGUCCAAGCUCAAGAAUCGCAGAGGUUCAAUUUGACUGCUGAUACUUAUGUUCAUUAUAUCUUGUGAAUUGUAAAUAAUGAGAAAUAAAGUUGAUUUUGGUUGCAAAUG